UACUUGUACUUUUAUUGCUUCCAACCUCCAUUUGACCUUGUACUGGGGAGCCGUUGUGGCUUCAGAUACAGCUCCGACACAGUAGUAACGGCAGAGAGACCGAGGGACAGAGAAGAGAGGCUGGCUAGCGGGCUGGCUGGAGACAUAAGAUAUUGACCAGGUAUUGUCUCACUUCACUUCCACUUGCAUUCAGCCGACUUUAGGAGCUACUGCCACGCACGAGAAGUCUCUUCAGUGCAAGAGGCAGAACUCUGCUGAAGCCAGCUGCCGCAUGCGCCACCACCUCCACGGCAUCUGCAUCCUCCCGACACAUGGCUGCGCCUCGAUCGUCUGCCCUGCCGGCCUUUCUCAGACAGACCAAAUUCGAUCUCCACAACAAAUUCAUCGACCUGGAGUGGCAGCAGCGCAAUCGGCUUCUCCAAGGAACACAGCAUCCUCUGCGACCGAAUGACCCGCCUUCGCAGUUCGCCCGCCUCAACGACGAGGCCGUGAAAGAGCGGAAUCGAUAUUUGAAUGUGGAGCCCUUCGCGCACAACCGCAUCAAGUUGAGGGUGGGCGAAGGUGUCAGCGACUACAUCAAUGCUUCUCCAAUCCAGCUCGGCAAGAGGCGGUACAUUGCUACGCAGGGUCCAAAGAACACCAAUGUCAACCACUUCUAUCGCAUGGUGGCUUCGGAGCUGAAGAAUCCUGCGGUGGUGGUCAUGCUAACGCAGACGCAUGAGGCGGGUAGGGAAAAGUGUUUCCAGUACUAUCCUCUGGAUGCCGAGCACAGUCCGCUCACCAUUCCACACGAUGAGCAUUAUGACGAUGGAUUCGCCGGAGAGGUGCAGCUCGUUGAGCUGCACCGUGAUGGCAGGACGAGAAGUGAGAUUCGUCACCUUCGGGUGGCCAUCACUCAGGACGAUGGAAAGCCUCACGAGAUGGAAAUUCGGCAUCUACUCUUUUCGGGCUGGCCAGAUUUCUUAGUGCCUGAAGGGGACGAUCGUCGAGCAUUAGUUGAACUCAUUAGGCUGUCGGCCCAGCUCAAUCGUGCACCAUCGACCGAGACGACUGCUACAACGAAUGGAACCUCAUUCGCCGAAGACCUUGCGCGGACCGACCAGGACAAUCCCAGAAUCGUGCAUUGCUCUGCUGGUGUUGGUCGCUCGGGCACUUUCAUCGCACUCGACUACCUGUUGAGUCUCCUGUUCUCGGGACAACUCGAUCAUCUACAAGAUCAGGAAGAUCCCAUCGCCGACACUGUUGACAGACUUCGCCAGCAGCGUAUGAUGAUGGUGCAAGGAGAGUCGCAGUUCAUGUUUCUCUACGAAGUCAUGCGCGAGCAAUUCGUUGAAAGACAACGUCAGAUUCAAAGUCACUCUUCUCACGAUGACACAAACGGCGGAGCGUCACGCGUGUAGUAUCGCCAGGGACUCGGGAUUGGCGGAUCAGGAGCAUUUGGAAACUACCAAGAAUUGGAAGAGCACCCUGAGAGUAUGAGGGGAGAUCAAGUCGGUCCGGAGCAUCAAACCCACGCGCCACUGCAUGUGGAUCACGCUUUCAUGAUUGUUGCACGAAUUGCCAGGCUCAUGCUGUGUUGUUGCGAGAUGGGACCUAUGAGAGACGGGACAUGAAUAGUCAUUGUGACCUGGGAGGCGGCAUUUCUGGGGGCAUAUAUAUGCAUUCUGAUUGGGGAUAGGAUUUGUAGCGUUCAAGCAUGGUGAAACUGG